AUGAAAGAAACUUCGCCUCGCCUAUUUCAACCAUGGGAUGAACUCAAUACACUGAUUAGUUCGUUCGGUCUCUAUCGUAGUGAGAAAGCAGCUUAUGAUAGAAGCAUCAUUAACACUUUAUACAACACCAAUCAGAUAGCUGGAGCCGGACAUCCAGCCGAAGUAAUUGAAUCUGUAAAACAUGAUAACGAAGGUGACGGUCUCUUUGGUCGAUUUCUAUUAUCAGCACCCACACCAUAUUUACCUCUUGCCGAAGAAAUAUCCGAUAUUAAUGAAAACUGUGCAAGUUUGACGCAUCUUUUGUACAUUAUUAAUUUAUUAAACCCAACGGAAAAUGAGUAUGGCGAUCCGAUUCGUAUGGUGUAUAAAUACGAAGAAGCAGCUGAAUCUAUCAUGAAAGGUGAAAAGUGGAAUGAGUAUGUGCUUAUAACCCGUGAAUGUUUCGAAUAUGAUGGUUUCUUGACGUCGCUGUACUCGAAAGCUAAGGUCCAACUUCAUCGUAUCGCUGGUGCGUUACAUGUUGCUCGAAUAGCUAGUGAAGUCAUUGCACAAUGGAAAGACGGGUUGCCAUAUCACGAUAUUAGCAAACAAAGAAUUGCCGAUAUUCAACAUGUAGUCGACAAUUAUACAUCUACAACCAAUUAUGAAGGAAUUUCUGUAGCAACAGCUAAAAAAGCUUGUUUAUUAACAGAUUAUUUCAUUACACAAAAGAAAAUUAUUGGUGGUCGUCCUGCUCAGGAAACUAUUCAAGAUCUUCGACAACGUUUUGAAGAUAAUGAUAAUGCACUCGAAAUGGCUAUUGUUGCAGUAAGAGCACAAAAAAGUGUUCCACAUAUCAAAAUAUUAUUAGCCCCAGGUCUUAAA